ACAUUCUUAAAAAAAUAAAUAAAUGAUAUAAGACAAAAAAUAUUUUUACAAUCUAGAAGAAUUUUUAAACUCUUCACUUUAAUCAUAUUAAGCUCUCCAUAUUGAUCUGAGUGACAAUAAAAUUAGUGGUGAAAAUAUAUCAGUCUUAGGUUCUGGUUUAGGUAAGUUCACUAAUCUCUUAAGUUUGGUACUUCAUCUUAGUGAAAAUUAAAUUAAUGAUGAGAAAGCAUCAAAAUUAGGUUCUGGUUUAGCAAAUUGUGCUAAUCUCUAAUAUUUGAUACUUGAUGCAGCAUAUAACUAAAUUGGUUCAAUUGGCGCAUAAUGUUUAGUUUCUGGUUUAACAAAUUGCACUAAUCUCACAAAUUUGAUACUUCGUCUUGAUUACAAUCAAAUUGGUGCAAUUGGUGUUAAAGGCUUAAGUUCUACUUUAGAAAUGUGUACUAAUCUAUCAAGCUUAACACUUGGUCUUAAUUACAAUGAAAUUGGUGAUGAAGGUACUUCAGGUUUAGGUUUUACAUUAGCAUAAUACACUAAUCUCUCAAAUUUAACACUUGAUUUAUAGUUGAAUAAAAUUGCUGAUGGAGGCGCAUCAAGCUUAGGUUCUGGUUUAGCAAAUUGCAUUAAUAUCUAAAUUUUGACACUUGAUCUUUAGCUUAAUUAAAUUGAUUUAAUUGGUGCAUCAGGCUUAAUUUCUGCUUUAUCAAAUUGCACUAAUCUCUCAAAUUUUACACUAAAUCUUUCAUACAACAAAAUCAAUAAUUCAUAAAAAUUGAAAGUAAAGAGUCUCAAAAUUAAAAGAUUAGUUGUCUUAAAAAUAAAGUGUAUCUGAUAAAAAAGUGGAGAAAAAAUAAUGGAUAAAUAUAAAAAUACUUAAAUAAUAUAUAUGUAAUAUGUUUUUCUUUUUUAUAUUUUUUAACCAAAUAAUUUAACCUAAAU